CAGCAGUCCGUCAGUCUCAGUCCGUCCACAUCGUUUUAUCUACGUACCGCUAAAACAAUAUUGUGUAUACCUAUCAAUUCAACCACAAUUACCGCGGUCGACAGUUUGUUAUUCGCACUUUGCACGCCGUCCCAUCGGUUCACGCACACGAUUAUACAAUAUUACUAUCGYCGUCGAGGAACAACGCAUAUAGUUCAUAAUGGCAAUCACGGUGGUCUCAACUCAUAUGUAUCCUUUGGAAAACGCGGUGGAACAUCACUCCGACCGAUUCGAAUUGAUACAGGAUGGAUCAACAGCCAUAUUUCGCCGCGGACAACCAUUUUAUUUCGGYAUUAAGUUCAACAAGCCGUUCGACAAGAUCAAAGACAUCGUCAGAAUCGUUUUGGUGACAGGACCGACCCCGACACCGGCAAAGGGCACGAGCGCCGCACUUAUUGUCAAAGAAAAAGAGGACCUGAUCGCUGAUCGAUGGGAUGCUCGUUUCAGCAGCUUCGACGGGUCUACCGUUACCAUACAGGUGCAAAUACCGCCGUACGCACCUGUUUCUGUAUGGAAAUUGAUCGUGCACACGGCCCGGAAGGGUGUGGCCGGAGUCAAUCAACAUCAAAUUGACACAGCCAUCUACGUGCUGUUCAACCCCUGGUGUCCAAACGACGGUGUCCAUAUGAAUGACGAGGAGCAGUUGGAAGAAUAUGUGCUCAACGACAACGGCAAAGUAUGGCAAGGCACGUACAAAGAACCCAAAGGAUAUCAAUGGUUCUUUGGACAGUUCGAACCGGUAGUUCUGCCGUCCAUAAUGAUGUUACUUGACAGAUCGUCUAUCCCACACCAAGAUCGGGCUGAUCCGGUGAAAAUGGCCAGAAGCAUUUCGGCAAUAACGAAUAACGUGGAUGAUAAUGGUCUAGUCGAAGGAAAAUGGGAUGGUUCGUUCGAAGACGGCACUAGUCCGUUCGCGUGGCUAGGCAGCACCCCAAUUUUCGAAGAGUUUUACAACACUCAACUACCAGUGAAGUAUGGACAGUGUUGGGUAUUUUCCGGAGUGAUCGUAACAAUUUGUAGGGCGCUGGGUAUACCUUGUCGGUCGGUGACCAACUACAUGUCGGCGCACGACACGAAMGCCAGUUUAACUAUCGACACUUACAUCGACAUUAAUGGUGAAAAGCUCAACAACCACCCAGGAAGCUAUACCAACGACUCAUGCUGGAACUUCCAUGUUUGGAACGACGUGUGGAUGGAUAGACCUGACUUGGCCAAAGGUUACGGUGGGUGGCAGUCUAUCGACGGGACGCCGCAAGAGACAAGUGACAGUAUGUACAGAUGUGGUCCUGCGCCCGUCGAGGCAGUCCGAAGGGGUGAAGUCAACAUCGGGUUCGACACGACAUUCGUCUACACGGAAGUUCGGGCUGACAUGUGCGUUUUCAAAGAAUCGGAAGACGGAUUUUGGUCCAGAGUGAAAACGAUACCGAAUUACGUUGGAAAACUAAUUGUGACGAAAAAAAUUGGACAAGAAGUGUUACCUGAAAUCGAAGACAUGGAAGACAUUACUGAAAUCUACAAAAAUCCUUUCGACUCACCAGAGGACAAAAUGGCCGUGAAAAAAGCAAUUAAGGUGGUUCCUAUUGCCCAGGAGAUAUACGACAUGGAGGACUCACAAAUCGAAGACGUUGAAUUCAAGCUUUUCGACAUCGAACAGAUCACACUGGGYGAAAGCUUCAAAAUUGCGAUGAGCAUGCACAACACGUCGUCGGAACCACGGUCGGUUUCAAUCGUGCUGUCGGCAUCGUCGAUCCUAUACACCGGAACGACAAUCAACAAGUUGAAAAGAAGUGAAGCGAAAAUUGUCCUAAAACCUAAUCAAAGAGAAAACAUCCACACUUUCAUGAAACCGUCAGAGUACAUGAACAAAAUGUCGUCACACAGUUUAAUAAGAAUAACGGCUGUGGCCAACGUUGAAGGUACAGAACAGCUGUGGAGCCAAGAUGAUGACUUUGUUGUGCAAAAGCCGCAGCUCGACGUAAAACUAAAUUCACAACUUCAAGUUAAAAAACAGUGCGAAGCAACAUUUUCUUUCACUAAUCCGUUAUCUGUCACUCUAACGGACUGCACAUUCAGUGUUGAAGGCCCAGGAAUCCACAGAGUCAUCAAAUUCAGAGAUGUUAUGCCUAACGAAAAAUAUGUCACAUACAAGGAAGUGUUCACGCCAGAAAAUGACGGACAGCGGACCGUCACAGUGUCAUUUAACUCCAAACAGCUCACAGACAUUAAAAACACUAUUACAGCCACAGUAUUACCGUAAAAAAAAUUACAAUAUUAUUGUUAAGGAAAAAUAAUAAAUCUAUUGCUUAAGAAAAAAAAACGCUUAAAUUGUAUAUUUUUUUAAAUUAUUUUUAUUAUUAUUGUUAUCAAUAAAAAUGCCCAUGGUGACAUAAGCCAUUGAGCUAUAAGUAUUAUUUAUAAAAAUACACCGAUAACUUAAUUCUAAUGAUAUUAAUCUAAAUUUGUAUAAGUAUUUAAAAUAGUUUAUUUUUUUAUAGUUUAUUUUGAAGAUUUUAUUAUGAAUUCGGUGGUGUCWCUGAGUAAGAAUCUGUUAAUUGUGGCAGAGAGAUUUCGAAAGGAGUUUAGAAGUUUUGGGAUAAUUCUUGAUUCGGAGUAAAGACGAUAUUUCGUCAUUAUGUGUUCGAUUAUAAGACAGAUGCCGCGUGAUUGGCAUAUUCAAGAGGGGGGGGGAUCAUUUUUACUCAUUAGGUGGCUGUAAGUAAUCUGCGUGUGCCUGAUCCGAAGUCUAAUACGAUUAAAUUCGAACUUUUUAGGAAGAUCUGUGGGAUGUAACCAUGUGAAUACGUCUUUUUUAAUUUCUUGAUGUUUUACGCAAAAGGAUUUGUAGUUUACCUACCUACCACAUAUUAUCACAACGAAGUUUGAUUAAAUGUAUUACGUCCUGUUUCGUUAUUAGUUGAAUUGCUAGAGAAUGCAUUAGAGAGUGCAUCUUUUUCUGCCUUAUCAUCCAUUYAAUUUUCUAAGAUAUUGGAAUGGCCCGGUAUAACUGACCAGCAUAACUGAUUGACUUUUCUUUUUUCUCUUCAUAUUGUAAAUUUGUWACACAUUUUAUGCCUAUCUAAUAUAUAUUUAUCUUAGAUAUCACUGAUAUUUAGAUUKUAGUACUUCAAUAGUGACUUGGACUUUCAAACUUAAGCCAGACGGUAUCAAUCAUUUUUAUCGCUUCAAGACAUAUGAUGUUAAACUGUCCUGAAAUUGGGGCUGAAUUUGGCAUCACAUUAAUAAUGUUAUAUGUUAUAUACUUGAACCGCUUGUUAUUUAUUUUUGUGUUCGAUAUUUCUUCGAUCAGAUACUAAUAAGCUAUUAUGUUUUUUUGUUUACAAAUACACCUAUUACUAAAAAAGUUGAGGUUGGUAAUAGGUGUUUUUUUUUUUUGUCUUGCCUGAGACGCAAAAUUACUAAAUACAUCUCUGUCUAUAGGUAUGUUAUGAUAGUUGGUGUUGUUGCUAGUACCAUGAUAGGAGAUAUUAGUGCAUAUAGAUUUGAUUGCGAAAUUAUUAAAAUUUAAAGGCGUUAUUUGAAUAUCUAUUGUGGGGUUGACGACGGCUCAUUAAUUCUCGUUAUCUACAACGGUGGUGGCAGGCCCGAGAUUAAAUAUUGGAACAUUAAGUUUAUUAUAUGUUUUUGAUGAAUUCAUAAUCCUGUCUUUAAGAUUUAUAUGGUUGUUUGGUCUAUCGCC